CUAGAUCACGGCGCAUACUAGUGCUGUGAUGUACGUAUUUACUUGUGAACGUUGUUAUUAAGAACGAGGCAAUAGGUUCCUGCUAAAGAAUCACUCGAUUAGUGCGGCGAGUGCCGAAAUCUGUGUAUUGCGAAUCCGGUAUUAUAUGCGCAUGACUGUGGUAUGUUCUCGUUUAAAGAAAAUAAAUCUACGGUGUAAUUUUCGCAAAGCGUAGAUGCCUAUAUAACGUGGCGCGAUGAUAUCGAAAGAGCUGCAGCCGAGGCUCGAAACCUUACAAGAGGUAUGCCGGGCCUGUGGAAAAACCGUGGAAGCACGAUACUCGAAGGAAAAAAUAUCUUUUGUCGAAAGUUUGUCUGCACAGUUGCUUGUCAACGGUCAUAGCCAGCACAUUCAGGAGGUGUUUCCUGAUCUGCUAGUUGACCUGCUGAAUCGCUUGCGGAGCACGGCUUGCAUAGAGGAAGUCGGAUGCGCUUUGUCCAGUUUGAUUGUGAAUCGUAACUACAACUCACGACAGAUCAUCAGCUGGGCGGAAGAGUUUUUCACGACAAAGGACACUGCGUCAUUGUUGGCCCGCUUCUCUGUCACGGAACAGCCGCCCACGAAAAAAAGCAAAAAAUUGUCCUCAAAUAUCAGCGACCUUGACGUGCUCCGGACUGCCUAUGUUCUGCUCUGUACAAAUCCAGAUUUAUACAGAUCACUCUGGGAUUGGAGUUGUUUGACGCAUAUUUUGCAAGAGUCGCAAAAGAGCGAAACGGUGGAAAAUAAUCCCGUCUUACAAUGGAUCGCAUGUCACUGUUUGGCACUUGUUUGUCGUUUGAGCCCAUCAGAUCUGGACAAUCUACUUCGAAGGCACAUUAAAAAUGAAGAAGUAUUUAUUAGCAUUCGACAGAAUGAGUUUCAUUCGUCAAUUGAGACGAAAACCCGCUUAAGCUUUGAGCCAAUUUCGUCGCUGGGUGAGAGGAGAUGUCAUACUAUUAAUGUGGAGGGUAUAACGCUUAUGAAAAAGUGGCAGCCAGAUACAAAGGAAAACCAGUCACAAAUUCAGCAAAAAUCAGAUGUAUCUACUUUGCCAAGCAUCGUACGGACGCCUUCAAUUUGCUCCGCGCUCCGUGAAACUGCAUCUGCUAUAGUGUCUUUGCGUCCUGUUCUCAUCACGGGCUCAAUUGGUGUGGGUAAAACCCUUCUUGUGGAAGAGUUGGCUCGUAUGACAGGCAACAGAUUAGUCAAAGUACAGCUUGGAAACCACGCCGAUAGCAAGAUGCUGGUGGGCUCCUACUGCUGCACGGAUAUUCCGGGGAAGUUCUGUUGGCAACCCGGUCUGGUUUACCAGGCAGUGACCAAUGGGCAGUGGCUUCUUCUGGAGGAUCUCGACUUUGCUCCAGUCGACAUUGUGACCUUACUAAUGCCUCUUAUUCAGGAGCGGAGACUCCCUGGAGUAAAUCUGGAUGGUGGCCUGACAGCUGCAAGUGGAUUUCGUCUUUUCACGACGAUGCGGCUACUGGGAGGGGAUAAAGCCCACGGGAGAGUUCAACACCAGGGCCAUUCAGAAAUGGUCGGCUCCUGCCAAGCCAUUGAGGGCUUAUUGACCAAGGUUCACGUGUCGUCUCCAAAUGAUGCAGAGCUAGAACAGAUAUUGGGUAGUCAUGCACCGAUUCUACAACCUUUUCUUCCCAAAAUUAUCCAUCUUUACCGUCGACUACAAACACGGCUACAAGAGGAAGGUCACUGUAAACGAGUGAUAUCCCUCAGAGAUCUCGUUAAGCUGGCUAAGAGAUUAGCAGAAAAUUUCCGUUUGGAUUGCUCUAAUCCUGAAGAAUUGUUUUUGGAUGCUGUAGAUUGCCUAAUCGAAUUUAUAGACUCUCCCUCCUUGAAAUUAUCGUUGGCUCAGGCAUACUUAGGUCCCAUAUUCAAUAUGGGGCCAAAUGAUGUGAAGCAUAUUGUUGAGCAGCGGAAGCCUAACGUGCAGUUGGACGAAAAAUCCAUCACUGUCGGACGUUGCUCUGUCAGUAAGAGACCGCUAAUGACUGCCAUGGAAAAGUUGCAGUUGCAGGAAUAUGGGACCACGGGUGAUAAGUUUGCCCCAACUCGUGUGUCCCUUAACGUGCUUGAGAAGAUCAUCCGUUGUAUCACCUGCAAGGAGCCUGUUCUUCUUGUUGGAGAAACUGGGACAGGCAAGACUACAGUCGUGCAAUAUUUAGCCCGCCACACAAACAAUCGCUUGACGGUGAUUAAUUUAAAUCAGCAAACAGACAUUGUCGAUCUAAUCGGAGGAUUUAAGCCCGUUGCCUCAACGUUCACUGUACUUAACUUUAUUAAUGAACUGAGGGAUCUCCUUAAUGUACGGAAAAAACUACUAGAAGGGAAUCGCAGUUUUCUAGAAACUCUUAUGAUCUCCUAUGAGCGAAAAGCUCUGGGGAAGGUAUGUGCCGCAAUUUCAGAGACGUGUAAGCAAAUGGCGGACGCUGUGAACGCAAGCAUCAUACAAAUCGGUGGCAACUGGCAAGAGAAACUUAAAGAUCUCGGAAUGAGGGCGCAUGCCGUUAUGACACAACUUGCGAGCGACAAGCUAGGGAACGAACGGAUGUCAUUCGCAUUUAUUGAGGGUUCUUUAGUGAAGGCCAUGCGUCGCGGGGACUGGAUCCUGCUAGACGAGAUCAACCUUGCCGAGACUGAGAUGCUCGAAUGUUUAGCUUCUAUUCUUGAAUAUGGCCAACUUCUUCUACAGGAGAAGGGAGAAGCUGAUCCAGUACAAUGUCACCCGAAUUUUCGAAUAUUCGCAUGCAUGAAUCCGGCCACAGAUGUCGGAAAGAAAGAUCUACCAGUUGGUAUCCGUAACCGUUUCACAGAGCUCUACUUUGAAGAGAUAGUUCAAUUUCCGGACCUUCAAUUGGUUGCCCACAGUUAUCUUGGGGGAGCAUCUCCAGUCGUUGUUGGGCAAUGCGUUGACCUUUACCUGCGAUUGCGAGAGCUUGGCCGUACCAAACUCGCCGAUGGCACAGGACACCGACCACACUACAGCCUGCGUACGCUCUGUCGGGCUACGCGUUUUGCUGGUCGAAUGAUUCAGGACUGUCAACAAGCAGAUCGGGCAAUCUACGAAGGAUUCUGUUUAAGCUUCAUCACACAAAUGGAUCCCGUUUCUCAUAAGCUUGUACAGAAUGAAAUCACCAGGGCUAUCCUGGGCCCCAAGGCUGCUAGUCUUCUUGGUGAACAACUAAAACAACCAUCUGGUGGCAACUUUGUCCAGCUUGAAGGAUACUGGGUACCUUGUGGUGACGAAAAGCCUCAAACUCCUGAAGACUACAUUUUGACUAACACAGUACGAGAAAACUUGAAAGAUCUUGCUAGAGCAGUCAGCGCACGACAGCAUCCGGUGCUUAUUCAAGGAGAAACGUCCGUAGGGAAAACAAGUCUGAUCACCUAUCUAGCGAAAUGCACGGGGAAUAAAUGCGUUCGUGUCAACAAUCAUGAACAUACGGAUAUUACUGAAUAUAUCGGCCAAUAUAUUGCGGAUAAGAACGGGGCUCUCGUUUUUAAGGAGGGAGUCUUGGUGGAGGCAAUGCGUAAAGGCCACUGGAUCAUUUUAGACGAGCUCAAUCUUGCGUGCUCUGAAAUUCUCGAAGCAUUAAAUCGGGUGCUUGAUGAUAAUAGAAAACUCUUCAUAUCGGAAUCACAAACAGAGGUCACUGCCCACCCGAAAUUUAUGCUGUUUGCAACCCAAAACCCGCCGGGGACAUAUGCGGGUAGAAAAGUACUUUCACGAGCCUUCAGAAAUCGUUUCAUUGAGCUCCACUUUAAUGAACUUCCACCAUCGGAGUUGGUAACGAUUCUGUCAAAGCGUUGUGCAGUGUCGCCGACCCAUGCAACGAAAAUGAUUCGCGUCAUGUCAGAAUUGCAACUAGAGCGAAAGGGUUCAGGGAUCUUUGCUGGAAAGCAGGGAUUCAUAACACUCCGGGAUUUAUUCCGGUGGGCGGAACGCUAUCGCCGAGUUGAAAGAACUGGGUUUCACGAUUGGGACCAGCUGCUCGCCGAUGAGGGGUACAUGCUUCUAGCGGGACGAGUCCGACGUAAUGAAGAAGAGCAGAUUAUUUGUCGGGCGCUCAGGAAGGUUUUCAAACGUGAGGUCGACAGAGACGCGUUAUGGAGCAGCUCAGAUACAACGAAGUCUGUACGGGAAAUGUUAGACAAAUGGGAAUGCGAGACUAGUGCCUGUGAUAAAGACAACUUUGCCCAUGUGGUUUGGACGAAAAACGCCCGCCGUCUUGCCGUUUUAGUCGGACAAGCUCUGAAGUUUGGGGAGCCCGUAUUGUUGGUUGGCGAAACCGGGUGUGGCAAAACAACCGUGGUUCAGUUGUUUGCAAGAAUGCACGGUCGUCGAUUGUACUCUGUAAACUGUCAUAUGCACUCGGAGGCGGCAGAUUUCAUUGGAGGUCUUCGGCCAUACAGAGGACGAACAAGUACCGAUGAGUUGUCCAAAGAGAACUAUACGGAAACGGAGUCUAACGAUGACUCUGGAAGGUUGUUUGAGUGGAAUGAUGGCCCCCUCGUGAAAGCCAUGCAAAGCGGAGAUUUCUUUCUCGCGGAUGAGAUCUCAUUGGCAGAUGAUUCCGUUCUGGAGAGGCUCAACUCCUUGCUUGAAAUCGAGAAGACGAUCUUCAUAGCAGAAAAAGGCGAUGGCGUAUGUAUAUCAGCUGCCGCGAAUUUUUGGUUUGCGUCAACGAUGAACCCCGGUGGGGAUUUUGGUAAAAAGGAGUUAUCACCCGCUCUGCGAAAUCGGUUUACCGAAAUUUGGUGUCCUUCGAAUUUGUGCGAUGACGAUCUCCUUUGUGUGAUCCAGCAUAACCUUGCGGAAAAUGAUAGCGUCAAUGAACAAGCCAAGCAGUGGAUAGCCAACGGCAUGAUGGAAUUUAUGCGUUGGUUUGAACAGGAAGAAUUUGGAAAGAGGACCGUAAUAUCGCUGCGUGACAUCCUGUCGUGGGUAAACUUUAUCAACGUCUAUGCGCACCGUCUAAAUGCGGAGACAGCGUUCGUUCACGGCGCCGCCAUGAUCUUUCUGGACUCUUUGGGCACAAGAAACGCGUCAGAGCAGGGAGACAACCUCAAAACAGCUCGUACUAAAGCGCUUGGGGUGCUAAUGGCAAGCAUGCCUAACCCUGAUUUAUGUUUGCUGGAAGAUCAAUGCCUAUCAAUUCGCGUGACGGAUAAGCAUCUCGCAGUGGGUCCAUAUAAGUUACUCAAACAUGCAGGCGCCCCCACGCGUUUACUCGAGUUCAAUUUUUCGGCGCCGACAAGCUGCAGCAAUGCGAUGCGUAUUUUACGUGCUAUGGGACUCCAGAAGCCCCUCCUAUUAGAAGGAGUGCCUGGCGUUGGAAAGACAAGUAUUGUUAUUGCGCUUGCAAAACAAUGCGGAAAACAGAUAACGCGGAUUAAUCUAUCAGAACAAACAGAUAUCGCUGAUUUAUUCGGAGCCGAUCUUCCGGUUGAAGGAGGUGUCGGCGGACGCUUCCGAUGGCGUGACGGACCGCUCUUACGGGCGUUAAAACGAAGUGAUUGGAUACUUCUCGAUGAAUUGAAUUUAGCUUCCCAAAGCGUACUUGAGGGCCUAAACGCUUGUCUUGACCAUCGUGGCGAAAUCUUUGUCCCUGAGUUAAGUCGGACCUUCGCUGUUAAGCGCGGCCAAACACGAAUAUUUGGAUGCCAAAAUCCUCACAGGCAAGGCUGUGGACGAAAAGGUCUUCCAAAGUCGUUCCUUAAUCGCUUCACCCAGGUGUACAUGGAACCCCUGACCGAAGAGGACUUGUACCUGAUUCUUCGGCUUCUAUUCCCAUCAUUGGAUGCCGGGCAGUUGAAGUCCAUGGUUCAGUUCAACUCUGUCCUAUGUGACGAGGUCCAAACACGAGGUUUGUGGGGCCACAAUGGUGCGCCGUGGGAGUUUAACCUUAGAGACAUGUGCAGAUGGGCAGAUAUGGUUAUCCGUCACAAAAUGCGGCCGUCGGAGCUGGUUUCGUUCGUUUACGCUGAUCGGAUGAGAAGUGAGGCAGAUCGCCAGAAAGUGGCUGACAUAUGUCAAGUAGUAUUUGGCGAAAAAAUGGCCCGACCUUUUCCCAAGCUCCGCCUCACGUCAGACUGGCUCCAAGUUGGUGGAUUUUUGCUACAGCGUUCAUACAAUACAGGAUUUGAAUCACUUUCAGAAGAUGUUGCCAAUCUGCGUUUGCUGCGGAGCCAAAGGAGAGUAAUUGAAAGCAUUGUCAUGUGUCUUAAUCAGGGUACAAUGUGUAUACUGGUAGGCCCUGCGGGUUGCGGGAAAACCUCGUCAGUAAAGUCGCUUUGUGCCCUUCUCGGUCGCAAACUUACGGUUCUACCCGUUACCUCAGAAAUGGAUACUAUUGAGUUACUCGGUGGCUUCGAACAGGUUGAUCUAAACCGCGCUCUUUCAGAGGUAAUCAAUAGAGCGAUUGAACAGGUUCGAUUGAUGAUUGCUUCACACCUCAACGACAACAGCUUGGGAAAGGCUGAAGUUUUGCUAAAGGGACUGUACUCACUGAGCAAAGAGUAUUCCCUCUACUGUAGCGGAACUGAGUCGACAAAGACAGAAAACCCGGUUGACGCAUUCGUUCAAAGGAUUGCUGUCGUGCGGGCAUUCGUUUCUAGGAUACCUCUAGCAUCACUGCUUCCUCAGUUGACUCGCUUGGAGGCUCUCGUCAAAGAACACAAAUCGUUGACAUGCGGGGGCCGCUUUACGUGGGUCGAUUCACCUUUCGUUCGUGCGCUCCAGAAUGGCGACUGGUUACUUCUGGAGAACGUUAACUUUUGUGCGGCUUCCGUCCUUGAUCGACUGAACUGUCUACUCGAAAAGGACGGGGUCCUAACCAUCUCUGAAGCAGGAGUUCAAGAUGGCGAAUUACGAACGAUUGUUCCUCAUCCUGAUUUCCGACUGAUUCUCACUAUGGAUCCUAGAAAUGGCGAAAUCUCUAGAGCAAUGCGUAAUCGUGGACACGAGGUAUAUAUGCUUCCCUUUGAUGACACAAUAGAUGAAUGGGAUUUCGUAUCAUUGUUAGAGGCCAAAGGCUGUUUGGACGAAGCACUGGCUAAAAAAUGUUGGUCAAUUGUGAGCAACAUUCGACACCAAAGCGUUUCGUACGGCCUGGUGAACCAGAUGGUUCGUGCAGUGGACGCGAUGGAACAAGAGUCACGUUGGGGCACUCUGACUAUUGCCGCACUCGCCAAACUUCUCGUGCGUUACAUUAAACCUUUAGUGGCUGAUUCCGAUAUUGAAGUAUUAGUUCGAUCUCACCUCAGUGGCAUAGAGCACACCAUAAAGAGUCGUCAAAGGACUGCUUCGGUUCAGAAUUAUGUUCAUGGAGGCAACAUGGCGGAACAUUUUGAAGAUUCGAUUAUUUUCUCGCAAAAGAGAAGCCAAACGGACUCAUUCGAGAUGCAACAAUUUCGUACCGGUAUGGUACAACAGCUUUAUUUCGAAAACCUAGCCUUAUCGGAUAUUCCAGUGAAACUAAGCUUCGUUCACAGUAGCAUUGUCGUCGGGAUUGUGAUGACGCUGACCAACGAGUUUUCCCAACGCCUUAGUAAUUACCCAAGAGAUCUUUGUAUUGACUAUCGAUUCAAUCCCUGUUUGGCCAAGCAGUUUCAAGCAAAAAAUCCAUGGGCAAACACAUUCGUAUUUGCACUUAUGAAAGAUGUUCUUUACGCGCAGCUGCCUUUAAAGUGCGAUAGUGAAAUCUGUGAUACAUACCUAGGCAUCAGUGCCCGUCACAAGGACACCCUACCCCACGUUUUAAUUGGAAUGCUGCCACACCUCAUUGACACUCUUGAAGGACUUCUUGAACAAAAGAAAUCUAUAAAAAUGAGUGACCAACAGCUGGUGGCAGCCAAGCGUAGCUUAUAUGGUGUAUGGCGAUUUAAACAGAAAGCCAAUCAGCCAGUACGGUUCGUCGAUCGAGAUAUCUCUGUGAUGGCUGUGGUUCUUCUAUGGGCCUUGAAGAGGCUAAUAAUUUUGUCUGAUACCAAUCGUGAAGAGAAUGACAAAAUAAUAAAAUUAGUUCGACAACUCGAAAGGCUUGUACCUGAUUUGUUCAGCCGAGCUCGAAAGUUGCGCGAAACUACCGUUCGUGCCGUGGGUAUUCCAGCUGUAAUGAAAACCCAGAGUCAGGCUGAACUGUUCCACCGAGCUCUAUCUAUUGAGUUUUUAACUAAUAACACGAGUGAACGUGUUGCUACUGAACUGGCCGACGAGGAUGAGGCAGUCGUUGCUUGUGCUAUUGAAGAACUGGAGCGAAUGUCUGCGCCCAUGAAGCAAGCAGCCAACGAAAUCAUAGUCGAUAUUGUGGAGACCGGGUCCGUAUUGCGAAAGCAAGAAAUCGAAGAUAUUGAAGACAAGCUUAAGCAAUUUGUAGAGGGCCUGCAGCGCUUUGAUAAUAACUACGUCCUAAUCGCGCCAUAUAACCAUGAUCAACGACUGCACAAGCAUCUGCGGCCUGUAUAUGAAGUACUAGACAUUCGAAGGUCAAUGGCCGCACUCAAUGCAAGCCAUCCAGAAUUCAUCCCGAAUUUUGUCGAACUUGCGGUGCGCAGUUGGAGCUGUAUGGCUGACCUUGAUGUGCACCUCAACUGGACUCCGCCACAUAUCAUUUCGACGCUCACCACAGGUGUAAGAUCUGUCAAGCAACGAAUCAUGGACGGUAAAAGAAAGAUGCAUUCGAGCGCAUUGGUUUUCAAUCACCCCGCGAUUACGCAUUGCAUAGGUCCACUAGUAGAUGCAGAGACCAACAACGCAAACCUUGACCUUGAUUACUCGCAGAUGAAGCUAAGGGAAUUAGAAGAGAUUCGUCGUUUAUUGUGGGAGUAUGUCACUGUAGAAACAAAGUUUGCUGAUCAAAACCAAAUUGCAAUGCAAAAAAUUGCAUCAGCCAUUCGACCUAUUCUCGAAGAGAACCAUGCAUCGCUAACAGAGGGAAUGGUUCAUGCGCUUUUAGCCGUAAAAACCGUAGAGCAAGAAAUCAAGGCAAAUCCACAAAAUGCUAAACGGAAUAUUCUCGUCCAACAAAUACGCGUUGCCCAUCUUUUGGUGCAAAUCUUUACACCGUUCGAUGUAAUGGAUCCGUACGAGAAAGUUGCUCUGAAAAAGGACUACCUCAGUGGAGAAGAAAGUGUAUUGGUUGAUGAACUCAGAAUACGGCAAUGGCUUCAGAUCCGAAGAACGGCUUGUGAUACUCUGGACCAACAUCCCGCAUACUUAAACAACACCGUUAUUUGUAAAGCCAUUAAUGAAAAAUUGCAAAAUCUCGAGAAACGGACUGCUUACCGACCAGAGAAGAGCCAGUAUCCAGAGAUAGCACAGGUAAUGCAGCAGUACGUAAAGCGCAACGCCAACACAGAAAUUGUGGAUAAAAUGUUAAACUGUGUCCUUAGUGGUAAAGAUGCGACGGCAACAUUCGAUACUUGGUUAAUUAAUCAAAAAUCUUUCAUUUUGACGAUGCGUCGUGCUUAUCCAUUCUAUCGAGAUAUUGUCUACCCGUUCCUGUUUGGAGCGAGCCAGCUGGUGAACUGCUUUGAGGCACUCUACAAAUUUAUACAAAACGAUCAGUCUCAAUCUACGGUAAGCGAAAUUGUUCAAUUUCCGCGUGUUGCUGUUAUUAGUUCGCCCUUGUUGAAGAACAUUACCACUUUAAUCCUGAACGAUGCUGAGAAAGGAAACACACAAGAAAACUUGCAGAAAGUCUGGAAACUAAAGUUCCGUGAGAGCAAAGCUGACUUACUCGAAGUUCUUGAUGCGCUUCGGAUGUCGUCCGGCGAUCGUGAGAAACUAAUCGGCAAGGUUGAUCGUAUUGUGAGUUGGUUGACUGCUCAAUACGCUGAAUUCGCCGCUGCCGAAGCGGAACGCGAGCUCACGAAGGACUCUUUAUAUGAAAUGAGAACCAACGAGUAUAAGGGUGAAGAAAAUGAUGAGGUACUUCAGGCGAAAGCAAUUGCCGCUAUGUUUCCCAACUUUGACGAGGUCUACGAGGAUAUCACCGAUGAUCGUGAUUUCUUAAACCAGGAGAAGCGUCUCGAAAAAUCUACCGAGCAUCAAGACAACGAAAGCUCAUCGUUGGGAAAGUUCAGCGACGAAGAUCUGCUUAUGAUCCAUCGUAUUGUUUUAGAGAUUGUCAGAACAGCCAGUAGCACAGAAAGGUCGAGCCCCGCCGAUAUUGUCUCCUGUUUGCUCGAACGUUUUCGGCUGUUCCAACUGCUUAGUGAUAACUUCAAGGAUUGGUUAAAUAUAGAAGUUGAUGAUCAGGCAGUUGCUGCGCAUCUCAUUGCCUCGGUGAGCAUGACUUGGGUAAUCUCUGGUAACGAGGAUAAGCUUCAUUCGUACGCCAAAAUUGAUAGUCGAACCGGUCAACAAGUCGACUUCUAUCGAGAUGCGAAUAUUGCCGAGAUUAUUAAAUGUCAACCGGUCCUCCAUCAAAUUAUCAGCCGUACUAAAGAAUUGCUUACCGAAUUCGAAACUCACCACGGCUUAGUGCAGGUUCUAAAAGUGAGCUAUCGCGUAUUGAGUCUGCCGAUUACAUCUCCACUCAUGAAAGUACUCGCAGGCUUGGUACGCGUGCUCACGGAAAUCGAGGAAUGGAAUAAGAAUGUUCCGCGACAUAUGAAAAUGGCAGCAGAAAUGACAAGUUUGGCCCAUUUAAUUAUCUCAUGGAGAAAGUUAGAACUAUCCAGCUGGUCUGGUCUACUAGACUCUGCUUUGGAGAAGCGAAAGGUUGAAGCGGCCAAGUUUUGGCUCAGGCUUGAGCAUGCCGUCUCUGAUCAACAUGAUGUUGUCGUCGAGGAUGCUGACGAUGCUCAACAUACUCGGCAAAAAGAGGUGGUAAGAACCGCUGUCACGCUGAUGGAGGCCACAACCACUUUAGGUGAUUUCAGCUAUAAGUUGGAGAUGUUAUCCCAGUUAGCCUCUUACGUAAAAGCGCGCAAACGAUCAGGAGACGACAAAGUUUAUAGUGCACUGUCUAACGUGCAUUCGUACUAUAUGCAAUUUCUUCCUGUUAUCGAAGAAAAGAUAGAGAGCACUCGGAGAGCGAUCAACAAGGACAUAAACGACUACAUCAAGAUUGUACGCUACAAAGACACCAGCUAUCUUGCCAUCAAGCAGUCUGCCGAGAAAAGUCAUAAAAAGCUGCACUAUUGUCUGCGAAACUUUGAGAAAGUUAUUCAGGAGCCUGCAAUUUGCUAUUUAAAACAACAAAAUGAUGCCGAUUUUGCUUCUGCUCCGAUAAGGUCACGGAAAAAGAAAAAAAUCACAGAGUUGCGAAGAAUUGAUUUGGCGAAUUUUUACGUAAAAGCAGUAGAUCUUAAGGUUCCAGCAUCACAUAACGUAGAAUACUCGAACAUUCCAUUCUAUCAUCGCCUGGCACGUAAAUAUCUUCGUGAAGCAUUUGAAGCAUCGCAUGUGCAGUCUAUUGCAGACAUUCUUGAUGAUGUGGCGUCCGAUAUCGCUGAAAAUAUGAGCAAAUUGGCAAAAGAGACCGAGAAACAGAUACGCCACGAUGAUAAACAAGCGAAGAAAAAAGCCAAAAGUCUGCUUCAACGUAAGAAGAAAAUGCUUACAACGCUGUUUCGCCAAUUAACGAAAUGUGGACUAUCUUAUCGGAAAGGUGUACUUCUAUACCAAAAGGUCAAGGCAAUAGAUCUCGUAGCGACACCGUUGCUCGAGUCGAGUGAGGUGCCUGACGCCGUUCAAGAGUAUGUCGACGAUGUGAAUGCAUAUUUUUUUAAAAGUGUUCAAAAAUAUAGCGACCUUCAGACGGCUAUGGAGAUGCCUAGUAAGGAGCUCGAAUUGUAUGUUGUGGAACGACUGCAAGGCUUUAGUAGCCAUCUUUUCGAACAGAUAACCAGCGCAAGUCAUCAUUUGAUCAAACUUAGUCGCUAUGCCUUUGAGCUGCGCAAACACCUCGUCAAGCUCAAGGAUGUUGCAGCCUGUGAGCGUAUCCCAGAGCAAGCGCAUAACGCAAUGAGAAGAACGGAGAUGCUCUCGCUGCUCCUAAAGCUAUGUUCGUGUCUGCAACAAUUUGUCGUAUUGAUAGAAACGCUACCAACAACGGAAAUGGAGACUUCAGUGAAAGUGCUUCAAACUAAAGAGUUAGCUCAAAAGACUAGAACAACCCUAGUUGAAAAUAUCACCGCUAUUCAAGAGCGCAUUCGGCUAUUUGAGGCGAUGGAUCCUGCACCGCUAUCUGAAAGAGAAGUAUUAGUCCUUGAUGAAACGGAAACGGUUCUUAGGGGUAUGCACUUAAAGCUUAAUUUUGUCAUCAGCAGCCUUGAGGCUGGGAAGGCCAAUUGCAUUACUUCGCCUUACUACGAUCUUCUAAAAGAUAUUUCUCGGACACUAAAAGCUACUCAGCGGAGGACGCUGGAAGAGGAUGAUGCCAAGGCAGCACUGCGCUCAGUAGAUGAGGCGAUGACGAAAUGCCUUAAGAAAGUACUUCUCACGGUUCAGAAUGUCUUUAAGGCGUAUGAACAGACGCCUGUGCUGGACCAGGAUGACAAUACCACCAAUAUUCUUAACAUGCUUGUCAACGAGAAGGUGAAACUUCUUGACAACUUCGACUUGCAAGGAGUACUUCGAAGCUUCACAACUUUCCAACAGAAGCUUGUAUGGUUGAACGUCGAAAUUCCAUCAAACAAUCUUAGUUCUUUCACGGCGUUUAUGGAGAACUUUUCGUUGAAUUUCGAGCAUGCGUUUGCUUGUGCUGUUAAAGCUCAACGAGCAAAAUUGAAGCUCUUGUACCUAGUUCUAUGUGUGAGUGUUCAGUUGACGCAGAAAGGAUUUUGCAUCCCCGAGGAAUUCCGCGAUGAUCUUAUGAAAGAAGGUGCCACCCAGUUGCAAGAUAUUGAGGACGGCGGCCUCGGAGAAGGUGAAGGACAAAAAGAUACAUCUGACAAAAUUGACUGCGAGGACCAGCUCGAAGAAGCCCACCAAAAAGAACAAAAGCCCCACGAAAAAAAUGAAGAUGAAAACCAGAAGGACAUUGAUGACGAAAAGGAGGGCAUCGAAAUGAGCGAAGAUUUUGAUGCAAAGGCCCAGGGCCCUGAUGAGAUAAAUAUAGACCAAAAGAACGAUGAAGAUAAGGACGAAGAACAAGACGAGGAUCAGCUCGAUGAUCAGAUGGGUGACGUCGAGAAUAAUAAUCCCUUUGAUCUUGAUAAAAAGAUGUGGGAUAAAGAACAGGACGAAGAAAAUCAAGAUCUCAGUUCAGAUGACGAUGCCCAAGGUGGGGAAGAGUUGCAGGAAGAAAGUCAGAUGGUGGCUAAAGACGACAAAGCAAGAGAAACCGAAAAAGAUUCGAAAAGCAAAGAUGAAAAGCCAUUCCCAGACGAAGAUGACGAAAACCAAAUUAACGAGAUGGAUGACGAGUACGAAGGUGAAAAGGAAGACCCAUACAAAAGUGGCAAACAGGCGGGUAUGGAUGAGGAUAACGAAGUUGAAGAUUUCCAGUUGCCUGAAAACCUAAUAGAGACAGAAGAAAUGGAAGAAGAAGGUAGUGAAGGUAAAGACGACGCAGAUGACAUCAGUGAUCGAGGCAAGGCCGAAAACGAUGAAGACACUGAAGCUCCUGCCGAUGAAGAGCUAUCUGACUUGCCAGAAGAAGUUAAUGAGCCUGUGGACGAUGGCGACCCUUCGAAGGCUGAGCAAGAAGAAGAAAAAAUCGAGAAUCCUGAUAGCAUUGAAGACAAACGCGACGCCAGUGUUGAUGAUGCUUUAGAUAAAACUGAUAAAAACGUGCCUCAGAUCAUACACGCAAAGGGCGAUCGAAGUGCAGCGCAAACCGCCGAGCAACCUGUUGACCAGCGAGGGGAAUGUAUGCAGACUAGCGAAGAUAUAGAUGGCUCAGGUGAAGGUCAAAGUUCCUCCGCGAAUACGGAGGAUAUGGGCAAUACGACGGACCGCGCUCGCGAGGACGCGUCGCAGACUAAGGGUGCGUCUCGGGAAAAGCAAAAAAAAUCUUCAAAUGAACGCAAGAUUGCUUUACAAAUGCCACAACAUAAGGACCUUAUCAACGGCAACAUUUCGCAAGCUGUCGACCACGAGAAGCAGUCCGGUUUAGAGAAAGGAAGCGAAUUCGAACAUCAACACAAAGAUGACGAAAACGCUGACAUUGAAGAGGUGGCAGUUGAUAUGGCUACCGAUGAACAGGCUGAAAAAACCCAACCGGUUGCAGCCAAUGAAACAGAACAGGCUGAAUCGGAAGGUAGCGAUUCGGGCAUGGAGGAUAUUGGUGUGAAUGAUUCCGAGGACCCAAUGAGUGUCGACGACCAGGAGGCUAACGAUAAGCGCAAGGAGCAGACGUAUCAGCAACAGCAGCGGACUAAAGAUAAGGGGAAAAUACCGAAGUUGCCGAAGAGCGAACCAGGCCCAGAGGGUGAAGCGCAGUUCAAGAAUGGGGAUCUUGUACGUACACAAACAGUGCAGCGAGGCAACCAGGCCGUCGUCGAGACACGCACUGAUCUUCUAUUUGAAAAAGUUGAAGCAGUCAAUCUGGGAGUUCAGGCUAUAUGCCCAGAAGAAUUUUCGUGUGAUUUGGCCGAAUGUAGACGCGUAUGGGCAGAAGCAGAAAAGAGUGUAUCUUUAUUGGUGCAGGAGCUGUGUGAGCAGCUCCGUCUUGUGCUAGAGCUGACGAAAGCGUCGAAGUUUAAAGGAGACUACAGAAGUGGCAAAAGAUUGAAUAUGAGAAAGGUAAUUGAUUACGUCGCUAGCGGAUUCCGGAAGGAUAGAAUCUGGAUGAAACGCACAAAACCUAACAAACGCCAAUACCAAAUCCUGCUUGCUGUCGAUGACUCCGCUUCGAUGUCUGAUUCGAAAGCAAAGGAAAUGACUUUUGAAACGGUUGCACUCCUUGCUAACGCUCUGAAUUUUCUCGAGGCUGGAGAGUUGUCUGUUGCUUCUUUCGGAGUAAACGUUAGCCUCGUUCAUCCGUUAGGUGAAUCGUGGAUAUCAGACAGUGGUGCUCAUCUUGUCAGAAGUUUCACCUUUUCACAGACUGAGACAAGGGUGUCAAACCUCAUCUCUUUCGCAACAGACAUGUUCGAAAAGAGCAGAUCCAGUAUUAACGGUAAUCCAGUACAAAGAGAAACUGCCCAGCUUUUGAUCAUCGUAUCAGAUGGCCGUCUUAUGUCAGAGGGCACUGAAUUAGUUAAAGGAACAAUCCGAAGAGCUAGAGAAAACGGGAUUUUCAUUGUCUACCUUCUCCUGGAUAAUCCCACUGCGAUUCAGGGUUCCAUCAUGGAGAUGCAAAGGGCUUCUUUCGAUGCCACUACACAACAACCGAUUCUUUGUCGAUAUAUGGAAUCAUUUCCGUUUCCUUUCUACGUAGUCCUCCGUGAGCUUGACUCGAUGCCGGUUGUGCUCGGAGAAGCUCUCCGACAAUGGUUCGAACUUGUCACUGGAAAGUAGAAUAUUAAUUUAAUUCUCUAAGGAUUUCAUUAGCAGUGUGAAUGUGGAUGAUGUAAUAAUAUUAAACAGAGGGAACAUAUGUCGUUAAAAGCUUAAGGUAAUGGUAUCUAAUAGGGUGUGAUAGUAAUAGGAAAAAUGUCGUAUAAAAUGGCGAUAAAAAUUAUUGAUAAACAGAAUCAUUAAAGUGAAUGUGAUUGUUUUCGUUCUAGCAGAAGGUGAAAAUACAUAUACAUUAAGAUGUCUAAAUGGAAGGGGACUAUUGCUUAAUAUGUUGUUAUUUUUCAAAGAUGCAGAAUAGUGUGUUUGGUGUAACUUUUAUUUUUUAUAUGCAUCAUCGAGUUAUAGUGACAGGCGUUGCAAAAUAAAGCGACUUGCUUAUUUUCAAUAUUCUUUCUUAAUAGACGUAAAAGAGUUAUGUAAACGAUUACAUUUUUGCGUGGGAUAGUUAAUGACCGUGAGAUUAAAUUUGGAACCCUCAGUGACCGACCCUUACGCAGUCCUUCGCUUCCUGUAUAUAUAUAUUAUGUUACAUCAAUGAUCCGAGUACAUGGCUGUAUGUAUGUACGUGCGUGGAUGUUUGUCUCGUAUGGUUAAUGAACGAGAUGUAACGUGCGUAAAUAAUAAACAAAUAAAACGAUCAUAACAUUGUAAAUGCUCAAAGAACAAUGGAUACAAUGAUUAACAAUCAUGUAAUGUGCAAAAGUACAUAUUGACUCAACGUCACAUGCUUUCAAGAUUUAACUAAUAUCAUAAUUAUGUUAUUUAGUGAUCUUAACGCAAGGUAUUUACAAGGUUUUCAUUCCAUUUCAACAGUAGACGCGAACUUGCUAACAAACUAUUACUAUUAAGCAAAUGUUCUGUGUGAUUCUCAUAGUGAGUUAGUCUGCUUGCGGUGUUUUCUAAUCUAGAAUGGGAGAACGGGAAAAGUUAGCUUUUGAUAAUAUCUAGUGGAAAUGAGUUGUACAAAAAGUAAUUGCUAUUAAAAAAAAAGUCGAGAUAUGCGAGGAGUCGAACGAUGACGAAAUAUUAUGUCAUUAUUAUAUUAUUAUAUGUAGGGGUCUGCAAAAUAAUAGAACUGCAUGGCAACCUAAGACAGGAUUCAUUCGUAGUUGUGUUUUGUCUAAUGUUAUUUAAUAACAGCUCGUUACAUAUCUAAUACGUAUUUUAGGUUGA